AUGGCUCCUGUCUGGUCGACUGUCCUUGGACCGCUGCUGUUUGCGGCGGUCCAGCCCGCCUUGUCGUCGCCGACAUGCAAAGGCGAGCCUCGUCGCGGCGCCGUCGCGUCGGAACUCGACAUUUGCAGCAAGAUUGGGACCGACUUGCUAAAGGCUGGAGGUAACGCUGUCGAUGCUGCUGUCGGCACCACAUUCUGUGUCGGCACUGCGGGCAUGUACCACAGUGGUAUCGGAGGAGGUGGUUUCCUCGUCGUUCGGUCUGAGGAAGGCGAGUACGAGUUUAUCGACUUCCGAGAGACCGCCCCGGCUGCUGCGUACGAGGACAUGUACGUCGACGAUCCGGACCAGAGCAUCUACGGAGGUCUUGCCAGUGGUGUUCCAGGUGAACCCAGGGGCCUCGAGUACGUCCACAAGAAGUACGGCGCGCUUGCGUGGAAGGACGUUCUUGCGCCCUCCAUCAAGCUGGCCCGCUUCGGCUGGAAAGUCAACGAGGACCUCAUCUAUUAUAUGAACGCUGUUGGCGGGACCUUCUUGACCGACGACCCUACCUGGGCCAUUGACUUUGCUCCCCACGGCAGGCGCCUCGAGCUUGGCGAAACCAUUACUCGCAAGCGGUACGCCAACACUCUCGAGACUCUCGCCGAGGAGGGCGCGGAUGCUCUUUACACUGGUGCCAUUGCCAAUGCCACCAUCGCUCAUCUCCAGAAGCUCAACGGCACCAUGACGUUGGAGGAUCUCCAGAACUACACCAUUGCCCACCGCCCCACCGCCGAGAUCAACUACCGCGGCUUCAAGCUGACCAGCGCCACGGCUCCUUCGGGCGGUAUCGUGGUCCUCAGCGCCCUCAAUGGUGCCGCGGGCUACGAGGGCUUUGACGAUCCUGAGCAGGUCAACCUGACCACCCAUCGUCUCGACCAGACAACUCGCUUCGCCUAUGGCCAACGCUCGUCCCUUGGUGACCCCGUCUUCGUCGACGGUCUCGCCGAGUUCCAGGAACGCAUGAUCUCCGCCGAAGUCGGCGCCGAAGUGCGCUCCAAAAUCUCCGACACGCAGGCUUUCAACAUUUCGUACUACGACCCCUCCGGUCUUGAGUCCCUCGAGACCCCUGGAACCUCUCACAUCGUGUCAGCCGACAGUUCCGGCCUCGCCGUCUCCAUGACGACGACCAUCAACCUUCUCUUCGGCUCGCAGGUCAUGAUUCCCGAGACGGGCGUCAUCAUGAACAACGAGAUGAACGACUUCUCCAUCCCAGGCGUGACGAAUGCAUUCGGGUACAUCCCCAGCCCCGCCAACUUUAUCCGCCCCGGCAAGAGACCCCUGAGCUCUAUGUCGCCCACCAUCAUCGAGACGGCCGACGGCAAGCUGUACAUGAGCAUCGGUGCGGCGGGUGGCAGCCGCAUCAUCACCUCGACGAUCCAGAACAUCCACAACGUGCUCGACAAGGGGCUCAACAUUCACGACGCCCUGGCGUUCCCGCGCUGGCACGACCAGCUGUCGCCGGAGAGGAUCACGUUUGAGUGGGCGUACGACAACAGCACCGUUGCGUUCCUCAAGGGACUGGGUCACAAUGUGACGUAUGUCCGGCCGGGACAGAGCUCGGCACAGGGACUGCGGUUGUUGACGAACGGGACGUUCGAGGCUUCGGGCGAGCCCAGACAGACCAACUCGGGGGGCUACGCCGUGUAG